UCCUCCUCCUCCGCCGCCGAUUCAGAUGAGGCAACUGAGGCCCCGAGGAGGGAAGUGACUGGGCCAGGGUCACCCAGCGGACACGCGGCGCCGUGGGCGAGGAGCGGCCCAACCACCCCCCGACCCCGCUGUGCUGUACUGGACUCCCCCGAGCGCUCGGUCCGGCGCUCUGCACACGGCCUGAGGCCCCCCCGGAGGCGGCGGCGGCUGAGCGUGGCGCCCCCCGCGGACCGGGGCGGGACCCGCGUCCUCCCCCCGCCCCCCCCCCGCCGGGCCCCGCCUGAAUGAAGACCCCCUUUGAGAAGAGCCCGGCUCAGCGGACCAGGGCCGACGCAGGGCACACGGGCGUGACCGCCGGCAUGAUGAAGAAGAGGGCGUCCCACAAGAAGUCCCGGAGCAGCGUGGGGUCGUCGGCGUCGGGCAAGGGCCCGUCUCCGCUGCCGCCGCCGGCCCCGCCGCGCAGCAUGGUGGGGUCGCGGAUCCAGCACGGCUGGCGCGAGGCGGGCGGCCCCCUGACCCAGUGGAAGGGCACCGUCCUGGACCAGGUGCCCGUCAACCCCGCCCUCUACCUCAUCAAGUACGACGGCUUCGACUGCGUCUACGGCCUCGAGCUGCACAAGGACGAGCGCGUCUCCGCCCUCGAGGUCCUGCCCGACCGCGUCGCCUCGUCGCGGAUCAGCGACGCGCACCUGGCGGACGCGAUGAUCGGCAAGGCGGUGGAGCACAUGUUCGAGACGGAGGACGGCUCCAAGGACGAGUGGCGGGGGAUGGUCCUGGCCCGCGCCCCCGUCAUGACCACCUGGUUCUACAUCACCUACGAGAAGGACCCCGUCCUCUACAUGUACCAGCUGCUCGACGACUACAAGGAGGGAGACCUGCGCAUCAUGCCCGACUCCAACGACUGCCCGUCGGCGGAGCGGGAGCCCGGCGAGGUGGUGGACAGCCUGGUGGGCAAGCAGGUGGAGUACGCCAAGGAGGACGGCUCCAAACGGACUGGCAUGGUCAUUCACCAGGUGCAGGCCAAGCCCUCCGUCUACUUCAUCAAGUUCGACGACGACUUCCACAUCUACGUCUACGACCUGGUCAAGACGUCCUAGGCCCGCCCGGCCCCCGGGACC